AUGCAACUAGACAUGUCUGACCAUUUCGCGGAUACGUGUCCGAACUGUAAGCUUCUCAACCCUCCCGCAGAUUGCCAUUAGCAGCAAGACAGGGAAAAAGCAACGAGGCUAUCGGUGACUCGGCAGCUCAGUACUCUGAAUUCACUCUCGCUCUUUUCAAAUCAGCUGGUUGUAAUGUCGGCCCUAAGAACAAGGGUGUUAAUGGCCUUAGUGUCAUUAGCCUCGCUUGUGGCCGUCUACUGGUUUGUCUUCAUGGGCAAGCCCGAGGAGUUCUCGCCGGAGGAAAUCAACGACAUGUUUCAAAACAAGAAAAGCGAGGUUUCUGUCAAGCGCGUCGAAUUGCCCGAGCACGCAAUUUCAUCGCCAUACUUGGACCAGCAUACUUUGAAGCUGGCGAACUGGGACCUCGAGGGUGACGUGGUAGUCCAAAACGGGCAGCAUAUCAGCCUCACAUCUGACCACAAGCACCAGGCAAGCAGAAUGUUCCUGAAAGCCCCUGUGGAGGCCGAGUCAUUCGAGAUGGAACUCACGUUUCAUAUUCACAGUGAAGAAAAGUUGCUUCCGGACGGCAUGGCCGUGUGGUUCACUGCAGACCCGCUUCCUUUGGGUGACGUUUUUGGAGUGCAAAACAACUUUAAAGGCUUGGGAAUUUUCAUGGACACCUUCCAGAACGGAAGAAGGGGUGGCUUCCCACUCGUUAAUGCGCAGUACUCUUCUUCAUCUUUAUUCUACGACAAACACACGGACGGCAUGGACUCAAUGAUCGCUUCAUGCCUGCCAAAGCCGAUAGUCAACCCGGCUCUGGGAAAAACACGCAUGCGGAUAGUACACACGAGAAACGGCUACUUGUCCGUAGACUUCAACCAUGACCCGGACCAAUCGAGCGAGUGGAAAAACUGCUUCUCGGUCAUGGACGUGGUGCUUCCAGAAAAGUUCUACAUCGGCAUCUCGGCUGAAACCGGCGAGUUGUAUGAGAACGUCGACAUCAUCGAGAGCAAGAUCUAUGCCUUGUAUCUGCCCGAUUUCGAUCACUACAUCGAAUCCAUAGACGAGUUGGAACACAUAAUGCAACAGCAGGCGCCCGUGGGAAACCAAGGCGUAUCGAAAGAACGGAGACGAAAGUCCAUCUCGCGUUUGCGAAAUGCUGAAAGAAGAAUAAAGGAGAACGAACGAGCACACAGGUUGGCGAAGUAUGGCGAUCCCGAAGCGACUUUUGUGCACAGGUGGGUCGCCAGAAUUAAGACCCUGUUUAAGUAUUCUCUCUACAUGAUCCUGUUUUUGUUGGUAUUAUGGAUCGCCCGCAUUGCUAUCAAGAGCAGAAAGGGGAGACGCAGUCGCAAGGCUGUCGGUCUCUUAGAUUAGAGCAGGGUCCCUUUGCUGAGUCCCAGAAAGACCGCUCCAUGUGGUUACAUAAGCCGCAGGCGUAUGUGUAUAGAGUCCUAUUUUGCUAUCAAAAUACAGGUGAACAGGCCAGAAUACCGGAGCAUCCGUUUCAAGCCUUCUUCAAAUAGUCUCGAGCAUGCUGCAAUCGACCUUAGUAAUCAAAAGUCUGUCAAUAGUUUACCCAUUGUCAGCGUAAUUUUUUUUAUUGCAACUGAUUGUGAUAAUUGCGUGUAGAUUGAAACGGCUCGGAUUGUGCUGUUAGAAAAUCUACAUUCCCACCGCCCGGC